GUCUCGCGGUAGCGGAGUGCUUCAGGAGGCACGGCUGUGCUCGAUGCGCUGUGUUGUUUCUGUCUGAAGUUGAGCAGUGCAUUUCUUGAGGUGGCUGUAAGAUAGCUAACGUUAGGGAAUAAACGCAUAUACUGUGUCCCAAGGCCUCGCAGUAUCCCAGAAUAUUCCUCGUAGAAUCCGAAGAGGACAUCAUCUGUUUGCUAUACAGGCCGGCGGAGCAGAACCGGGCCGGCUCGGAGGAUCCGAACGGACGUUUUCAGGAGCCCAUUCCCACCGCCGGCCUGGUGUUGUUGAAGGUGGGGGAGACGGCCUGAUGAACUAGAGCCGCAGGCACCGUGGGGCUGUUCGGGCGCUCUGGCCACAAUGAGCCUCCUGUCACACGCCUUCUGUUGAAUGGGUUCAGGUCAGCAGUGAGGAUGCGUUGCCUAGCGGCCCGGGUCAACUACAAGACCCUGAUCGUGAUCUGCGCGCUGUUCACCCUGAUCACGGUGCUGCUGUGGAACCGCUGCUCCAGCGACACGGCGCUGCGCUUCCCGCCGCGCGCCCAGCCGCCCGGCCCGGCCGCCGCCACGCCCGCCAACCCCCAGCAGCCGCAGCCGCCCGAGCCCCCGCCCGUGGCCGGGGGCCCGAAGUACGAGGAGAUCGACUGCCUCAUCAACGACGACGCCACCAUCAAGGGCCGGCGCGAGGGCGCCGACGUGUACCUGCCCUUCGGCUGGGUGGAGCGCUACUUCCAGGUGUACGGCAAGGUGGUGCAGUACGACGGCUACGACCGCUUCGAGUUCUCCCACAGCUACUCCAAGGUGUACGCGCAGCGGGAGCCCUACCACCCCGACGGCGUCUUCAUGUCCUUCGAGGGCUACAACGUGGAGGUGCGCGACCGCGUCAAGUGCAUCAGCGGAGUGGAAGGUGUGCCCCUGUCCACGCAGUGGGGCCCCCAGGGCUACUUCUACGCCAUCCAGAUCGCUCAGUACGGCCUCAGCCACUACAGCAAGAACCUGACGGAGCGGCCGCCCCACGUGGAGCUGUACGACACGGCCGAGGAGCGGGACAGCCGGCCCAGCGCCUGGGUCGUCCCCAAGGGCUGCUCGCUCUCCCGCGCCCACGACAAGACCCGGCACACCGCCGUGCGCCAGUUCAGCGCCCCAGAGAACUCUGAGGGCAUCUCCCUGCCGCUGGGCAACUCCAAGGACUUCAUCAUCUCCUUCGACCUGAAGUUCACGUCCAACGGGAGCGUGUCGGUGGUGCUGGAGACCACGGAGAAGAGCCCGCCCUUCGUCAUCCACUACGUCACCAGCUCUCAGCUCAUCGCCUUCCGGGACCGCGACAUCACCUACGGCCUGGGCCCCCGCACCGCCUGGAGCACGGUCACGCGCGACCUGGUGACCGACCUGCGCAAGGGCGUGGGCCUGUCCAACACCAAGGCGGUCAAGGCCACCAAGAUCAUGCCCCGCCGCGUGGUCAAGCUGGUCCUGCGCGGGCGCGGCUUCCUGGACAACGUCACCAUCUCCACCACCGCCCACACGGCCGCCUUCUUCGCCGCCAGCGACUGGCUGCUGCGGAACCAGGACGAGAGGGGCGGCUGGCCCAUCAUGGUCACCCGCAAGCUGGGCGAGGGCUUCCGGGCGCUGGAGCCGGGCUGGUACUCCGCCAUGGCGCAGGGCCAGGCCAUGUCCACGCUGGUGCGGGCCUACCUGCUCACCCGCGACCCCGUGUACCUCAACGCCGCCCUGCGGGCCACCGGGCCCUACCGCCUGCCCUCGGAGCAGCACGGCGUCAAGGCGGUGUUCAUGAACAAGCACGACUGGUACGAGGAGUACCCCACCACGCCCAGCUCGUUCGUGCUCAACGGCUUCAUCUACUCGCUCAUCGGCCUGUACGACCUGGCGGAGACGGCCGGGGACAAGCUGGGCCGCGAGGCGGGCGUGCUCUUCAGCCGCGGCAUGGAGUCGCUCAAGGCCAUGCUGCCGCUCUACGACACGGGCUCCGGAACCAUCUACGACCUGCGCCACUUCAUGCUGGGCACGGCCCCCAACCUGGCGCGCUGGGACUACCACACCACCCACAUCAACCAGCUGCAGCUGCUGGCGUCCAUCGACAACGCGCCCGUCUUCAGGGACUUCGUCAAGCGCUGGAAGACCUACCUGAAGGGCGGGAGGGCCAAGCACAACUAGAGCCCCCCCCCCCGCCCCCCCGGGCUGUGGGCAGGACAGAGCCGCG